GUGCAUGUUUAUAAACACCCCAUAUACACGCGUCUUUGUGAAUACGACUAAGUUGCCAGAUUUAAUUAUUCAUAUGUAUCUACAUAAUUAACUCCCAGAUCACUGAAUACUGUCCGCUUGCGGCUGAAAUUCAGGAAACUGGUGAUAUGUAAUUCAAUAAAUCCAGCGCGCGCCGUUUAUGCUUCACAGACGAGCAGAAGAUUGAAGGGCUUCCUAAAUUUUGUGCCCUACGAUUUACAUUAUUCAUACAGAGGGGUGUGACUUACAACCUCUUUUUUCUGCCUGUAUAUAACGAGAAGUUGAAGCAAAGGAAAAUACAGAUGGAGAAGACCACUCUUCACUGUGCAAGAGAAAGUUCACCUAAGCCUACGUGACAAGUUGCAUACUCUCCCUUUGUGUCUCUCCUGUCACCAUGAUGUCCAGGCUGUGCCUUCUUUGUCUGGCGACCGCCUUCGCGAUACUAACCCGGCUGGCGGAGGCGGUCGGACCCGUGGUCCGAUGCGAGCCCUGUGACGCCGGGGCGCUGGGGCAAUGCAAACCUUUGCCCAAGGACUGCGCCGAGGCGGUCCGGGAGCCAGGCUGCGGCUGCUGCAUGACUUGCGCGCUUACUGAGGGACAACUUUGUGGAGUGUAUACAGGGAGGUGCGGAUCCGGUUUGACCUGCCAGUACCAGCCGGGUGAAAGCAGACCUCUGCAAGCCCUACUAGAAGGACGGGGCGUUUGCUCCAGAUCGGCUUCCAAAAAGCUCAACAGCAUCCUGAUUCCGGUCCACAAAAAAGAGAACUAUCAGGACCCAGAGGAGGACUGGUUCACUAACAGCACUGGAGCCUUGGAGAUGGAGAGCUCCUACAGACUGGUGGAGCCCAGAGGGAUUCCCCCACACUCCAAAGCAGAUGCCAUCCGCAGGGACCAGUCCAAGAAGUCACAGAGCUACAAGGUGGAUUCUGUGUCCGGUGGGCUUAGCGUGGACGUGCAGAACUUCUCCCUGGAGUCCAAGCGGGAGUCGGAGUAUGGCCCGUGUCGGCGGGAAAUGGAGAGUGUCCUAAACAGCCUGAAGAUCAUUAACGUCCUCAAUCCCAAGGGUUUCCGCAUUCCCAACUGCGACAAGAAGGGCUUCUACAAGAAAAAGCAGUGUCGCCCAUCCAAAGGCAAGAAGCGAGGAUCCUGCUGGUGUGUGGACAAGUAUGGGCAGUCCCUGCCAGGCUACAGUGGCAAGGAGAGGAGUGACGCUCACUGCUACAACCUGGAGAGCAAGUGAGGGCGAGAGAGGGAUGAAGAGAGAGCGAGCAAGAGAGAGAGAGAUAGUGAGCGAGAGAGAGCGAGAGAUAGAGAUAGAGAGGGCCCACUCAGCUCUGAGGGGGUCAUGCGCACAAAGACUGUACAAACAAAGACUUUGAAGGAGCUGGCCUGGCACUAGGAAGCCCAGCCUGGGUGCGGGCAGCUGUGCGACCUUUGACCUUGUGUGGGGGAGGGGAAUAUGGCAAGCUUGUGAGGACUGGAGACUGCAGCUGGGCCAAGACAAUUCAUUCUUACGGCUUUCUAUACUGUGCAAAGGGAGCAUUUGGAUUCUUAAAUAUCUGAAAGAGAGCCUGAGAAACAGAGAAAUAAUAUAUAUAUGUGUGUAUAUAUAUAUCUAUAUGCAAAGUGCACUAUUUUUUAGAGGGCAGGGGCACCCCGUGACAAGGGCACCCCUGCUUGCCUUAUUAAGAACUGCAUGUGACCAACUCGAAUCGGAUUUGCUCGGAUGUCCGGCGCCGGUGUGCGCAGCAACACCCAACGCGGACGCGAUCACGGUGGAUGGACCUCUCCACCCCAUCUCCGCACGCCUGCAUGCUCCGGAAGGCAGGGUGAUGGAACAGGAGGGUGCCUGGGAGCAAGGGGGCUGCAUGCCCCAGCUAUCUGGCUCUGCUCAGGGUUUCUGAUGUGAGAUGAAGGCUCACCAGACAGGGUGGCCAUUCCCACUCACAACCACACACCCCCCCCUCCCAGCCUACCCCACCAGUGAUGGGAUCUCACGCCAAGGGCUCCUAUGCAUGUCUCAUGUCAUAAACACAAAUAUCUUAAAUGCCCCCUGAAUGUUCGGUUUAUGGAUAUACAUGGUCUGGAAGCCACCCACCCCCCAUUAGCAGUUGUACUGCCCUCCCCCCCCCCCUCCUUACUGCAUCCCCUUACUGCAGGGAAAUUUACCCCUGAUUUUCUGUCCACUGGGUCUACUGUAAACUUGUGCUUGUCUGCAGGUCCUGAGCUGUGUGGGGUAUUUGUGACCUUGUGUGUGUGUGUGAGUGAGGGAUUGUGCAUACGAUUUUCUGUGUGUGUGUGUGUGGCAGAGUGUGUAUCAGUGUGUGAUGUGGGACAUCUUGUCUGUGGGUGGUCCGGCAGACUGGCUCAGGAUUCCAUCAAGCCCCCCCGCCUGUAACUCCCCACUGCAGCCAAAUACUCCCAGUCGACCGCCACCCCUCCCCUC